GGUCGGGGGGUCGCAAAUCUCCCUCAGCCUGACAACGAACGGAGCAACAUGAACAGCGUGGGUGAGCAAUGUACGGCCUUAAAAGCCGUCUACGAUGAGUGCUUCAAUAAAUGGUACACAACAAAGUUUUUGCAAGGAGAGGGCCGUGGUGAGACGGAAUGUGAUAAGCUGUUUGAAACAUACAAGUCGUGUGUCAUGAAAGCGAUUGAAGAGAAGAAGAUAUUCGACGAUUUUGAGCCUUCAAUACACCAAGCGAGUAUGGACAAACCAGCUGCUGAUUCGUAGAUUAAAUGUGGAACUCAUUGUCAAUUAAAGCUAACAAGGCUUGCAAAGCUGUUGAACAUGGUAGACUUUUGUGUACAAUUUUUCUCCCACAUAUCCAAAAGACGUAAGCAUUAUUAUGCUCAUAAGUAUGUUACUCACACGCCCCUUGUCUAGUGAAACAAGGAUGGACAGACAUCCAUAGAUUAGUGUUUACUUUUGGAAUCACGGUCUUUGUGAUAGAGAAUGUUCUACUGUGUUGUUCAGGUAUGCAAGUACUACAAAAGGUUUCAAUUUGCGCAGAUACAUUGUGGAUUUAGGGAAGGAAGCGGCACUGCACGAUCAGAAACACUGUUUCUAUGAUUCUGCUUUAUGAUUCAAAUCGCA